AUGAUCUUCACGAAACCAUUGACCGAACAACACGGGACCGGUCUAUUGCUGAUUGCAAUGGGGAUUAUACUGAAGAUGUUGCCUGAUAGCAAGCCCACAAAUCGGCCCGUAGCCUUGAAUUCUCGGCCCGGGAUUGAAAUUUCAUCAUCCUCUCAUAAUCAAGAUGAAAGAUUCGAAUUAGGAAAUGAGGAGGAUGAAGAAAAGAAGCCUCUGGUCGUGAACGUGUUCGCCAAGUACCCACACAUACUAGUUGACGAGAAACUUAUGACCCCACCGGACGAGACGGACAAGCCAUGGAAAAGUGGGAUUGUCACUUUUGGAGCCUUUAUGGCCUUCGGAUGUGCUCCGAUUCUCGCAUUUAUCAUUCUCAUCCCAUUCACAAACGACGACAAGGUUAAGUUUGUCGGGGCUUGUGUUCUUUCUGCAUUGGCACUUGUACUCUUAGGUGUCCUCAAAGCGAAAAUCGCAGGACAAAAUUAUGCCUUCUCUAUGGGUAUAACCCUUCUUAACGGAGCCAUCGCCGGUGGUGCGGCUUACGGUAUCGGCUGGACUCUAAGGAAUGUGGCUGGCUUGGAAGAACAAUGA